AUUUUGCACUUGAACGCAGGUAAUGCAGAUACUCUAGGCACUGAACUAUUAGAGAGUUUGUUGAAGAUGGCUCCAACCAAGGAAGAAGAACGCAAACUAAAAGAAUACAAAGAUGAUUCUCCAAGCAAGAUUGGGGUUGCUGAGAGAUUUUUGAAGGCAGUUCUUGAUAUACCUCAUGCAUUCAAAAGACUAGAUGCAAUGCUAUACGUAUCCAAUUUUGAUUCAGAAAUUGAGUACCUCAAAAAGUCAUUUGAAACUCUGGAGACAGCUUGUGAAGAAUUGAGGUCAAGCAGAAUGUUCCUAAAACUUCUAGAAGCAGUUUUGAAGACUGGAAAUCGCAUGAAUGUUGGAACAAAUCGGGGUGCUGCACAUGCCUUUAAGCUAGACACACUCCUCAAGCUUGUCGAUGUCAAAGGGGCUGAUGGGAAAACCACACUUUUGCAUUUUGUUGUUCAGGAAAUAAUAAGGAGUGAAGGUGCCCGUCUUUCCAGUGGGAACAGCAAUGACAAGUCAUCUGUCAAUGAUGAUGCCAAGUGCAGGAAGCUCGGCCUUCAAGUUGUGUCAGGUCUCAGCUCAGAGUUCUCGAAUGUGAAGAAAGCUGCUGCGAUGGAUGCUGAUGUGCUUAGUAGUGACGUGUCGAAGCUUUCAAAAGGAAUUGGGAACAUUGCAGAGAUUGUAAGACUAAAUGAAGCAACAACACCUUUGCAGGAAGGCAGCAGCCAUAGAUUUUCCGAGUCAAUGAACAGUUUCAUGAAGAAAGCCGAGGAAGAGAUUAUAAAGAUUCAAGCCCAAGAAAGUGUUGCUCUGUCUCUAGUGAAGGAAAUUACCGAAUACUUCCACGGAAACUCAGCCAUGGAAGAGGCUCAUCCUUUUCGAAUCUUCAUGGUUGUGAGGGACUUUUUAACGGUUCUUGAUCGGGUAUGCAAGGAAGUUGGAAUGAUAAAUGAACGAACAAUAGUCAGCAAUGCCCACAAAUUUCCAGUACCUGUGAAUCCAAUGCUACAACAAGUAUCAGGUGGAUUCCCUGUUAGGAGGCAAGACACUUCAUCGGACGAGGAGUCCACGUCCCCUUAAUAUUUA